UGGAGCUUUGCCCGGGCCAGCUACGCAACCAGCCAGCGAGCCCGAGACACAUGCUGGUCCUGAGCGUGGUGUCGCCCCGCUCAUUGCCGGCUAUCUCACCCGCAGCAAUGGGGACUCGGUUGAGAAAUACUACGGGCCAUGGACGCUGGUCGCCCUCUGCCGUGAGUUUGGAGUCGAGGUCAGCUCGCGCUUUGGGUACACAAGCGCCGCUGGCAAUGUCGCUGGCCGGAUGUGGCUCGAUGCCGAAGAUGACCUCCAGCAGGGUUUCACCAAAUGCACGGGCACGAGUAUCCCCCUCCCUCCGCGUCAACUGCUCGAUUCCGUCCUCGACAGGUUCUUCAGUCGCGCCGAGCACGCCACGGAUAUUUUUGUGCGUCCAAUAUUUGAGCAGGCUGUUGAGCGAGUGUAUGCCAACUUGUCAGCAGACUCUGAGGCAUGGGCCGCCUGCUUCACUUCCAUAAUUCUGCUUGUCAUAGGAGAAGAUCAUGGUGUCAACAAGCGCGACCCGUUCACACACGGUCUGAUCAUGGCUGCUCGCACCGCUGCCCACCAAUCUACUAUUUUCUUGACUCUUCGAGUGGUCAAUGUGCAGGCGUUAGCUCUUCUCAGCCUUCUUGUCCAGCAGACUCAUAGUGAGACACUUGGUGACGCCCUGUUUUCCCAAGCCUGCACGCUUGCCAAAACCAUGGGCCUCCAACACGCAGGGCGCGGGUCUACCUUAUCAUCAUUGUCUGCCGAAGAGGUUGAGGAGCGUCAGAAGAUAUUCCAUUCCCUUUACGUCCGAGAUCGCUGUGGCGCCUUGCUCAGGGGCUCAUCGCCAUGGCUGACGAGAUUCACUCUCGGGCUCAGCCCAUCCCAGGAAUGUGAUGCCGAAGAUGCAACUCGUAGGUCUCAGUCGGAAUCGAGAUCCGGCGUGAACAAGAGGAACAAGGCGGCUUGGAUCGAACUGGCUACGUUGCAGGGCGAAAUGCACCAUCUGAUCUUUUCGCCGCAGAGCCCUCUGGUAUCGGCCGCAGAAUGCCGCGUAUUGCUAGCGAGGAUUGCUCAAGGCCUUAAGCUGUGGUCGGAGAAGCAUUCCGUGCCACCCAAAACCUUGCCAUCGACCCAGGACGACGUUUCCCUGAGCCUUGCUUUCCUAGGCACGCGUAUCAGGGCGAUUGAGGCCCAGAAAACCGGAGAGGAGAACGGACCCGACUGUGCCCAGGUGUUGGAUGAUGCUCGCCUCAGCUGUCUGUUACUGUUGGCCGCGUGCGAUGGUCUACAAAACGAGAAGUUUGUGGAGCGAACGAGGAUGCUUCUUGGUAGCGACGCUGCCAGAGACGUGGUCGCGAGCUCUACGCCUACCAAUGCCACGUUGCCAUCGCCACCGGCCCUAACAAGCAAUCCUCCUGCGGAGGCUAAAUCUACGCAGCAACCUCCCCGAAUUGGAAUCCAUCGGCUGGCCCUCAGUUUCCCAGCUAUAUCUCUCUUUGUUCUUGCCAGGCACAUCUUGCAAUUGAGGGACGGCUCUGUGAGGCAGCCACCAACCGAAGGGAAGGGCGGUGGCCAAGAAGAAAGUCAGAACCAAGUAUGCGAGGACAGGUUAUUGCUUGAGGCCCUUUGGGCAUGUUUCCGUGACAACCCGGCUCUCCAAAACAACGGUCCCGACAAUUAUACUACAAGGCUGGGACGUAUCAUCGAGCGCCUGGUCUAUAUUGUUUGCUUGGCCGACAAACAUAUCGACUACGAUCCCGAGGGCGAGCUUGCUGGCAGCCAGCCGGACAUCAAUACUCUGGACACCAUAUCAUCGCCCAGUUUUCCGCUGUGGGGCGAUUCUAAGCACACCUCACUUGACCUCUCCUUUCCGACUAUGGGGUACGGUGGGUGGCUGGGUGCCCCGCUGGUUGGCAGUAACAAUCCUGUUUCAUCCCUGGGCCAUCAAUGGACAGUCCCUGGCAGUUCAGGCUACCUCGGACCCGGCUGCGCUCCUACCGUGUCGCUUCCCGCAACGAUGCCAGCGGCAUCACCCUUUGUUGUCCCUGAUAUGGAGCGGGCGGGGACAUACCCGGCCAACGCGUGGGAACAGCAAAUGCAGCUCACGACUGUUGCCACCCAGCAACAAAUGCAACAUGAAGCUCAGGCGGAUAGUGAGGGAAAGCGGCGGCGCAAAAGACCGCGGCAUGACCCGGGGACCGAUACGGAGAGUUGAAGCGGGGCAGUCUGCAUAGGUUGGGAAUUGGGAGUUCGUGAGGAGCUCGCUUGGUAUUUAUAGGGACACGUUGGCGCUGGAUGGUGGUUUAUGAGGCUGAACGGCUACUAAAGACGGAAGGGCUUGCAUUCAGGGGGUUAUGUAACGGCAGGACAUAAAGCAUGGGGUCAAUGAGUGAUACACCGGUAAAACACAGUGGAAGGGAGCUACGUUAUCACAUAGACACAGUCGUCCUUACAGUACUUGCUGGAUUGGCCGUCUUC